AUGUCUUCCUCAACGCAGAACCUCAUCCCACAACUUCACCUCGGGAACACGUUUGGGGCACUGUUUAUUGGGGUCACCCUUGCAGCAGUUCUCUUUGGUCUAAGUAACAUUCAAGCUUUCGUCUACUUUCAGUCGCACAAGGGCACAGGAAUAUCGUUCCUUAAGCUAGCCGUUGCCUGGCUUUGGAUACUCGACGCUCUGCACCUGUUCUUGAUAGUCCACUGUGUCUAUUAUUAUUUAGUGGCUCACUACGCAGAUAUCAAUGCACUAACGGAAAUUGUGUGGAGCUUCAAACUUCAAAUAGUCAUCGAUGUGAUGAUUGUUUACGGGGUACAUCUUCUAUACUUUCAGCGCAUAUGGAUAAUCGCCAAGGGCCGAUCAAGAGUACUCCCUAUAGCCGUGGGCGUAAUCGUAAUUUCGGGUUCAGGUGUUGCUAUCGCUCUUAUUUGGGCCAUAUAUCAGUGUCAUGUGUUCUCGGAUCUGAUUAAAAUCGAGUGGGCGACAUUUAUGGCUUUGGGCACGAUUACUUUCGUCGAUUUCAUCAUCGCAUCAUCGCUAUGCUAUCUCCUCGCUAUUUCCCGUACUGGAUUCUCUAGCACCGAUUCCAUGUUAACAAAGCUCAUGGCUUACAUUAUUAACACGGGCUGUCUGACAAGCAUGUGUUCACUGUCGGCUAUGAUUACAUGCGCAGUGAUGCCGCACAACUUCAUCUUCCUCGGCGUUGAAUUUUUGGUGGCUAAAUUAUACGUCAACUCGUUCCUCGCACUUCUGAACGCGCGAUACUACUUGCAGCCCGCUACAGAAACUAACCAUUCUACCGAAGUCCAUAUGCACCACGGCAUCUACCGCCCAGAACUGAACGUUAUAGCGUCCCAAGGCGAGGAAUUCCAGGCAUCCCGGAAAAGCACGUUUAAACACCCCGGCGAUGAUGUUAUACAUCUUACUCGAUCUGCCAUGUCACGUCGGCCCAUUGAGGUGACGGUAGAGACGAAUUCCUUCUCAUCAGUGUGAUGUAUGAGUACUAGUAUGCAUGUAUCAUGUGUUAUCUGCCUCUUCGCGAGAUAAGACUUGCGAGUCUUUAUUAGAUCAUCGCACAGCCGGUGUUGGAACAAGAAUUUACAUUGUCCAUUAUACUUCCAUUUGUGGUUUUCAUAUAUCACUCUACUUAGAACUACAAGGGACUACUAUUUAGUCAUUCGGCAAACUAUGCGCUUGGACGCACGAUACUAGUCUAGUGACUUGCCAUUCACCACCUUGUCCAAUACGUGUCUCACGCCACCAAGCCACCCAUAC